AUGCUGAAAAUCUUCGGGAAGGUUCUCAACACGGAUCUAGAGGGUACUGUAGACCCAGAUUGUGUGCAGACAUGUUUCGAAGCAUCCGAUUGUAUUCUGGCGUACUUUGAUACAAGUGGGCGGUGCCAACUUUUUAAUUUUAAUGAAACAGAGACAUUGGAAGUGGAGGAGACCAACAAGGAAGAUGGGCUCUUUGUGGCGUUCAAGACCACCCUAAAUAAUGAUACCUGUCCAGCUUAUACCAAUAUCCAGCCUAUCGUGAACAACGGUGAAGACCCGAUUACCUGGAAAAAGUCGGAGAAAACGUUCUCAUUCCAAAAAUGUCGUGGCGACUGGAAAAUUUUCCGUAGAUCAAACCCGGAGGUUACUGUAUGCAUGCAAGUUUUUCUUCUUAACCCUGGAAUUCCACGUGUGGAAGCCAUACAAUAUUGUGAGAGUAUUAACACCACAUUAACAGGAGUAGCUACGACAGAGGAGUCGAAAUGGUUGAAAGAUAGAUUCAAGAAGCUGUACCCUGGAGCUCAAAAAUGGGAAGGUGUUUGGAUGGAUGGAGUCAGGAAUUGCACUGGUUUUAAGGAGGCGAAUUGUCGGAACUACGACUGGUCCGAUGGGUACACUGAAGGACUGGAUGCCUUGGGCUUGUCAAACGCAAGGCUGUCUUAUUCUGGGUAA